AUUAAUGAAAAUGUCAGCGCGCAUCACAAAUGUUUCUUCCACAAUCAUGACGUAUUUUAAAACCGACCAAAUGGUAUCGUCGUGACAUCAUCAACCUGAGACGAGGAAGCAGCGCUGAAAACUGAAAAUGCUUUUCUACUCCUUUUUCAAGUCCCUGGUGGGGAAGGACGUGGUGGUGGAGCUCAAAAAUGACUUGAGCAUCUGUGGAACACUUCACUCUGUUGAUCAGUACCUGAACAUUAAACUGACGGACAUCAGUGUCACGGAUCCAGAGAAGUAUCCACAUAUGUUAUCAGUGAAGAACUGUUUCAUCCGAGGCUCUGUGGUGCGGUACGUCCAACUGCCUGCAGAUGAGGUUGACACUCAGCUGUUACAGGACGCUGCUCGCAAGGAGGCACUGCAGCAGAAGCAAUGAUGCUUUAACACAUGACAUCAUGGCUCGGGGGGGGGGGGGGGGUUUGGAAGAUGGACAGAUGUUUUAGUUCGGUGUAAGCAAUCAUUCGGGUAUCAAAAUUAAAUCUGUUUGCAUAGACGCCCCUGAUGUGUUCCUUGUCGAACCUAUUUUGCCACAUUGGUGCUGCAGUGUCACUUACCUCAAAUGCCGACGAAGGUCUCCCAGCACUUUGCUUUUACCCUCCUGUUUUGUAAAACAUUUGGACCUCCAAUACUUUAAUUUCUCUGUUCUACACAGCGCCACUAUUUGCUGAUGUCAGAAACGACCAGAUUCUGCCUGUUUUUAUUUUAUUGAUGUCCUUGAGAAGUGGUGUCCAGAAUGAAUAUGUUCUCCUUCUGAAGAGAAUAUUCUCUGCUCUUUUUCCUUUCUAAAAACCAGUUUUGAGUUUUGUAAGACUCAUGUUAUUUACAUCGCCCUUUUUGUUGUGUAAAUAAACCUUGUUUAAAUCCUG